AUGAAUUCAGCGGAGAAAGACGUGAACUCCAAGACGGUUAUUGCCGCUUACCGGCAGCUGCUUCAUCAAUUCCAACCCGUUCUGCACUGUGCGAGUGAUGGAUAUGUCAAUGCACUGGAGGAACUGACGGUUGCUGGUGCAGAUUCUGAGCAGAAGGCGCAAAAACAAGUGGCAAAACUGAAGGAGUACAUUGAAUUGAUGCGGUUCAUUUUGAGGGAAAACACAGAAUUUGUAAAUGAAUUCAAGAAUAUCGCUACAAAAAUUGAAAGAUACAAUGCAAACGAAAAAGACAACCUGAAAAGACUGAUUUCCGGCUUCAAAAAACGCGAAAAAAGCUACAGUAAAAUAAAGCGCUUGAAAUCCGAGCAUCAAAACGAUUUGAAAAAUUUUUACAACGAUGAGCUUGCAGUCGUAGCCGAGCAGCAAAAUCAUCGCUACAAGGUAACCAACUUUCAUUUUUCCGGUGCCAAAGAAAAAGUUCCUGAAAAACAAUUCGGUGAAACACUGAAAUUAUGCGAUGAUGAUGAGCCAGGGAAAUUGCUGGUCUGUACAAAGGCAUUCGAAGCACAGGCGGGAAAUCAGCUGAGUCUGAAUGUUGGCGACAAGUUGCAGCUCAUCAGAGCUGGUACGAAAGGAUGGGUUUAUGUGAGGCACAUGGACACCAAUCGGCAAGUCAUCUUUUUGCCACCCUAUCAGAAUCCAGUAUGUGAUUCGAAAAUCCUACCAGGCUUUAUGCGCGAACUUAGAAGUGCUGGUGUUUCAGAACAGGAUGGUUCCCAUCACAAUAUGUUGAAAAUUCGUGAUGGUCAGCUGCUGCCGUUUGUAACAACCGAAUUCUCGCAAAAGAAAAUGCUGACCUACAAAAAAAAAAUGGUGCCACCCUAUCGGAUCCGUUGA